UUUCAUUUCUUUUAUAUGUAAUUUGGAAAAAUGAAUGAACGAACUAAGCUUUACAAGUGCUAAGGUGAGAUAUCAUAAUUAGCCAGAAAUAAACUUAUUUUUCACGAAGUGUUUGUACCUGAAUAUCAUGCCAUGUGCAUAUCGCACUAAAUAUAUCUUGUUAUCUGUUAGUGUUAUAUCAUAUAUGCAAAUUAGUGUUGUAAAUCAUAUAUGCAUUCGCCAACUACUUUCCUGACAUUGUAAUAUCUCCCAGAAUGCCAAUGAAUUAUUCAUAAAUUCUUGAUUAUAUUUCCAAAGAGACCUUGUUAGUUUUUCGAAUAUAUUUCAGUACAACGUGUAUUGGAAAUUGUCAUGCGGAGAAAGAAACUUCGUAAAGCAGCUCAUGCCUACCCACCCAACAGAAAAACCUUAUAUGUGAGGUAGAUAUUUACGCCGAAGCCUCAAUAAAACCUGCAUUUCCUUCUUAAUGCAGGAUAAGAUCUAAUCAUAAUGUUCGGUAUGUAAUAAAUCAUUUGCCGAUAACUCUAGUUUCAAAAUUCAUGUGCUUAUUUACACAAAAGAGAAACCUCACAUAUGCAGUGUGUAACAACUCAUUUAGACUAAAGAGUUAUUUUAACAAACAUAUGUGUAUUGACAUAGAAAAGAAACCUUGUGCAUGAGGUAUAUAGCAACUCAUUUAGACAGUAUGUUUCUUUAACAAGCAUCUGCAUAUGCAUACAGGAAAAAAAAGUGCAUGUGUAAGGUAUGAGAAUUCAUUUAGAUGAAAGAGGACCUUAAACAUGAAUAUCCUUAUUCAAGCAGGAAAGAAACCUUAUGUGUGUGAUAUAUGUAAUAAGUUAUUUACUCUAAAAGGUAACUUAAACAACCAUAUGCUUCUUCACACAGGAGAGAAACCUUAUGUGUGUGAUGUUUGUAAUAAGUCUUUUGCUUACAAACUAAGUUUAAAGAAACAUAUGCUUAGUCACACAGGAGAGAAACCUUAUGUGUGUGAGGUAUGUAACAAGCCAUUUACUCAAAAAGGUCAUUUAAAUGAACAUUUACUUAUUCACACAGGAAAGAAACCUUAUGUGUGUGAGGUAUGUAACAAGUCAUUUGCUCAUAAAGGUCAUUUAAACAAACAUAUACAUAUUCACACGGGAAAGAAGCCUUAUGUGUGUGAUGUAUGUAAUAAGUCAUUUGCUUACAAACCUAAGAAACGUCAUGUGUGUGUCUUGUGUAACAAGUCAUUUACCCACAAAGGUCAUUUAAACGAGCAUAUACUUAUUCACACAGGAAAGAAACCUCAUGUGUGUGAGGUAUGUAAUAAGUCAUUUACUCUAAAAAGUCAUUUAACGAACCAUGUGCUUCUUCACACAGGAGAGAAAUCUCAUGUGUGCGAGAUAUGUAAUAAGUCAUUUGCUUACAAACUUAGUUUAAACAACCAUAUACUUAUUCACACAGGAGAAAAACCUCAUGUGUGUGAGGUAUGCAACAAAUCAUUUACUCAAAGAGGUCAUUUAAAUGAACAUAUACGUAUUCACACAGGAAAGAAACCUCAUGUGUGUGAUGUAUGUAAUAAGGCCUUUACUCACAAUUGUAGUUUAAAGAACCAUAUACUUACUCACACAGGAGAGAAACCUUAUGUGUGUGAUGUAUGUAAUAAGUCAUUUGCUUACAUGCGCAGUUUAAAGGACCAUAUACUUAUUCACACAGGAGAGAAACCUCAUGUGUGUAAGGUUUGUAAGAAGUCAUUUACUCAAAAAGUUCAUUUAAAUGAACAUAUACUUAUUCACACAGGAAAGAAACCUCAUGUGUGUGAGUUAUGUAAUAAGUCAUUUACUCUAAAAGUUAAUUUAAACCGUCAUAUUGUUAUUCACACAGGAGAAAAACCUUAUGUUUGUGAGAUAUGUAAUAAGUCAUUUGCUUACAAACUUAGUUUAAAGAAACAUAUACUUAUUCACACAGGAGAGAAACCUCAUGUGUGUGAGGUAUGUAACAAGUCAUUUACUCAAAAAGGUCAUUUAAAGGAACAUAUACUUAUUCACACAGGAAAGAAACCUCAUGUGUGUGGCAUAUGUAAUAAGUCAUUUUUUCACAAACAUAAUUUAAAGAACCAUAUAGUUAUUCACACAGGAGAGAAAUAUCAUGUGUGUGAUGUAUGUAAUAAGUCAUUUGCUUGCAAACGUAGUUUAAACAACCAUAUACUUAUUCACACUGGAGAGAAACCUCCUAUGUGAUGUAUGUAAUAUUUUCUUAUAAAUGUAGUUUAAACUACCAUAUACAUAUUCACACAUGACAAUUGUUAUGUUUCUGAGGUCUAUAAGAAGUCAUUUACUCAAAAAUCUAAUUUAAAAAAGCAUAUACUUAUUCACACCAGAGAAAAACGUCAUAAGUUACAUGUGUAACAAAUCACUUGGAUGAUAGAAAAAUUGAAUCUCAUGUCUACACCUAAUAAGAAGACUAAUGUUUUUUUUUUUUUUUUUUUUUUUUUUUUGUGUUUUCCACAAAGAUAACUUUUGUUAGAUGGAUACGAACCUUUGCUUAUAUGUGCUAAGGACUUGUCUAUGCUAUGAAGAAAUGUCUUUGUAUGGGGUGUGUUUAAUUUGUCAUUUCACCCCAGUUCUUAAUAAAUCAUUUAAUUGUUUCCAGAAGAGAAAAACCUGAUGUUUGCGAGAUAAAUCACAAGUCGUUUUAAAGUGCUUCUGAUUUAAAGGAACAUUUUCUUAUCCUUAAUAUUUAAUUAGUAAUGAGAGUUUUAAAACAACAUAUUCAAACAAUGAAAAGUUAAACACUGAUUAUAGUGUUUUGAAUAAGGAAAUUUUAUUGAUGUCGCAUUCCUCUCAUUCUGGUAAUGUCAUAAAUUGUUUGAAAGCUUGAACAUUUUUUCAAUUGAAUCUAAAAUUCAACCAUUCAAUUAAAAUUGAAUAUGCAUUCACAUUUUGCACUGUAAUCCACUUUUCAUUACAUUUUUCUAAAAUAGUACAAAGUAUGAAAUAUAGUCUUUUGUGGUAUCUCUAGUGCUGUAGGUUUUAAGUAUUUUUUUCAUCGUCAUUAGCUUUGGGAACUCCCUUUUUAAUGUUGAGAUUUCUUAGAAUUUAGAUUUUUGCAAGCUUAUGUGUUUGGUAUCAUUCGUUUUAAAACAUUAAUUUUGGUCUAUGUUCUUGAUGCCACUAUGCAGCUUGUAGUGUCUUUGAAUAAAAUCAAAAUUUUUUGAUAAAGUUUUUUUUUUUUUUUUUUUCGGGCGGGAGGGGUACAUAUGUGUUAAUGCAGCCUCCUUAAUACAAAUUGUAAUAUUUUCAAUAUAUGCCAAAAUCUGGCAACAAUUUGCAUAACCAUUCUUCGAGCAAACAUGCUUAUUAUAAUCCUUCAAUGAAUCACUUCUGCCAUUUUGUGUGUGUUCUUUUUUGUUGUAUUCCAAAGUUCAGCAAUUUUUAUAAAAAAAACAUGAUGUUUUUGAACUUUAAGCUUAGUUUUAAAAUAUUGGCCUUGCAGAAUUUGUGACCAGUUUUACCACAAUUUUGGGAUAAAAAUUUCUGCAAGAAUAAAGAAUGUUGAUAAAUGCAACAAUGAGGAAAUGCUUUUCCUUGAUAGCCGAGUGCUGAAUGAACUCAUAUCUAUAAUUUUUUUAAUGCAAAAACAGAUUGUAUACUUGAGGAUGAGAAAAGUGCAAAAUAAUAACAUACAUAUUUGAAGAAGAAUGUGAUAUAUUUUUUUUAAUUCAUCAUGCAAUCCUUAUUUUGUAAUUCAAAUUUGUUUUUCCAAGUACA